AUGUUGGCGAGUGACGUUCUCCGGACCCCUGAGGCCCUCGGGCUCUCCUUUACCAUUGGCAUUUUCUUGCAUGUCUUUGUUUUCCGGCAUGGCGAAUGGGACUUGGCCGCUCAGAAGGUCAUUCUCGCGUUCCUGUCGACUUUCCUAGGCAUGGUUGCAACGACUAUGGCUGUGCCAAUGCUUGCUCCCUGGAUCGCACAACCUAUCGAGUCAGUUGAACUAGCGGACCCAUCCAAAGCGGUUGGCAUGCUCUUCGCAACUCUCAUUUUCGGUAUUUACACAAGUAUGACGUUGUAUCGUGGCUUCUUCCAUCGGUUACACAGGUUCACCGGUCCGUUCCUUGCGAAAUUUUCGAACCUGUAUGUCACAGCCAGGAUUUGGAAUCGAAUGCAUCUUCAUGAAGAUGUCAGGAAGCUUCACGAAAGGUACGGAGACGUUGUGAGAGUUGGCCCAACUGAGCUUUCGAUCAAUAAGCCCGGUGCCAUCAACGCUAUAUUUCUCGAGACAGACUGUUACAAGGGCCCGUGGUACAACCUCCUUCAUCCUAUGGUCUCGAUGCAAAUGGUCAGAGACAAGGAGGCGCACUCACGACGACGAAAGGCAUGGGAAUAUGGCUUUACCUCUAAAGCUUUGCGCGACUACGAGCCCCGAGUACUCAAGUACACCAACCAACUCCUCGCCGGCAUCGAAGCGAGCGCGGGCACCCGGUUCAACGCAUCUCUCUGGUUCAACUUCUACAGCUUCGACGUCAUGGGCGAGUUUUCUCUCGGUCAUGGUUUCCGCAUGCUCGAAGACGGCGUUGCGCACUUUUACAUGGACGGACUGCACAACGAGACACUGGCCGUGGGCCGUUUCACGCACGCCAUGUGGGCAUUGCCGCUUUACCGCAAGAUGUCACUGUGGAACGCCGAACUGAGGAGGUUUAAGGGUUGGAUUUCGCAGCAGGUGCAGCAGCGUAUUCAGAACAAGCCUGAGAGCCCGGACAUUUUCACGUGGGUUCUUGAAGACUACGAGUCGAGGAAGGAUCAUUCUUUCCAGGAUAUGUUGAAUCUUUACGGCGACUGCAUCCUUAUCACCGUUGCUGGGAGUGAUACGGUUGCUGCUGUGUUGUCUUGCCUCUUCAUGGAGUUGGCACGUCAUCCACGGGAGUACAAGAAGCUACAAGAGGAAGUCGACGCAUACUUCCGUGAGCAUGACAGACCGGAGCAUGCGCCUUUGGCCAAGCUGCGAUAUCUCCAAGCUUGCAUCGAUGAGUCUUUGCGCCUCCAUCCACCGGUGCCCUCCGGUGUCCAGAGGAUGACGCCACCUGAGGGUCUGCAAGUUGACGAUGUCUGGCUUCCUGGGGACACAAUUGUGUUCGUGCCUUCGUAUACACAAUACCGAGAUGCUCGCUUCUUCGAGAGCCCCGAUGAGUUCAUCCCAGAGCGCUGGACUGACCGACCAGAACUUGUCAAGAACCCCGCGGUAUACGUUCCAUUCUCUACAGGGCAUGAUGUCUGUAUCGGCAAACAGCUGGGCCUCCUUGAGACUCGCUUCGUAGUCAGUGCGGUGGUGCACAAGUACAACCUGCGAUAUGCGCAAGGUCAGACCGGGGAGAAGUUUCUGGCGGACAACAAGGAUACUGGAACAUUGACAGUUGGACCGCUCAACCUCGUAUUCGAUCCAAGAAAGUCUUGA